AAGUUCUGUUCAUUUUUGUCAUUGACCUCGGCAUCACUCUAUGUUUCUAUGCUUUAUUUACUAGUCUGUGUGCUUCAUGCAAAUGUGAAAAACCUUGAAAUAUGCGUAAAAAUUCAAUACAAUAAUUCUCUAAAGACUUACAUAAUAUAAUUAAAUCGUCAAUUAAUUAUCAGUGGUCAAAAUUGUGUCAUUCUGUUAUUGAACUAUACUUCAAAUCACCAAACAUGGUAUGUGUACAUUGUUUUUUGAUUGUUUAUUUAUGUAACUGUUUAAGUAGGAAGAUCAGCUUUUUAUGUGACAGUUCUAUGUGUGAUUGCAGAGCCAUAAUAGGGGGGACCCGAUUUACCCGCCGGCACAUCUUACCGUAAUAUUUCCCUCGUCUGUAGACCCCAAUAUGCCACCCCCAUUUAUUGACAUAAAUAACAUGCAAGAUAUUCCUCCACCUCAGGCUGAUUUCUCAGCACCUCCGCCGUAUGAUGUUGCAGCCAAUUCUAAGUUGCCCACAUAUGAAGAAGUGCAACGUGAGAAACAAUUGGAAGGCGAAAGUAUUCCGCAGGCACAAGAGCCGCCGCCGCAUCAUCCAACGUACGCCGCAUUCGUGACGUUGCCGGAUUCGACGGCGGAACAGCUCGAUCCCGAGAACAGUCUACUGGGUACAGACAUCAUGUUCCUGACGUCGUUCUUUGUCGCGUUCCUGUUCAACUGGAUCGGUUUCUUGCUGCUGAUGUGUUUCUGCCACACGGUGGCGAGUCGGUACGGCGCGCUCGCCGGCUUCGGCCUCUCGCUCGCCAAGUGGACGCUCAUCGUGAAGCACUCCACCGAGCUCGCCUCCCACGAGAACUCCUGGCUCUGGUGGCUCAUCAUGGCGUUCGGUAUCCUAAUCUGUGUCCGCGCCAUCAUUCAGUACCUUAACAUCAAGCGCGGGUGGCGCCUCCUGUCGGGCACAGCACAAGAGAGACUUCUGUUCUUCUACUAAAUUGCACGCCUCGUUCUGUCUCACUCACACUUACUACCGCGUGGUUGUGCAAGAAAGGGGCGGUAAAUUUGAAAACUUUUUUCAUUUAGACAAUAGCGUUGAAUUAAUUGUCAUUAUCUCGUUGUCAUUUGCUAAUAUCAAAAUCUGCCUAAGCGAAAGUUGUCUUUAGGAAUGAGGUCUUUAAGCCUUCGUGAUAAAGGCUACUUUAGUGUGUGAUGUCAUUAAAUGACUGUAGGU